AUGUACUGGCUGCUCAAAGCCGAACCAGACUCUCGCAUGGUCAAGGGUAAGGACGUCAAAGCAUUGUUCUAUCACUCCAACUGCAAAAAUCCAGGAAUUGCUGCGUUCGCUGAGGUGUCGAAGAAAGCCUACCCCGAUUAUACAGCUUGGGACUCGUCGCAUCCAUACUAUGAUCCGAAAUCCGACAAAUCUUCCCCCAAAUGGUUCAUGGUCGAUCUUACAUUCAAAUCGCGGGCGAAACAUUUUGUCUCUCUCGCUUUAUUGAAGCAUAUCUCAGAACACGCGAGUGAGCUUCCGGAAGAAUUCGCAUACAUUGGGUCCGAGGGUGCGAAAGCAAUUAAGAGUAUGGACUUGAUUAACCGUGGUCGUUUGAGCGUCCAACGUGUGCAAAAGCCUGCUUGGGACGUUAUUGAAUUAUUAGCUGAACGCGGCGGUUGGGACGAAUCGAAGUUGGGUAAAGGAAAGAAUACAAGAGGAAAGUCGACGGGUGGGCGAUCGGGGAAUGCCUCCAAGGAUGAAAAGAAUCAAAGUAAAAAGCCAUCAGGAGCAACCAGGAAAACUCGCGGCGGAAAGAAAGAAGUUGCGGGGGAGGAGGAAGUGCAUUCAGAAGAGAAGGAUGUUGAAUCGGAGGAAGGGGGAUUAAUAUUAUCAGAGGACGAUGAAGGCACACGGCACAUUAAAAUAACUCCAGGAAAGACACAAGGCAAGGGACAGAAAAGGAAAGCCGCAAGCAGCGGACACGCGGACGAACGACCUUCAACGAGAUCAAGGACACGAAGUUGA